AUGGAACAGGAUUGCAUCAGAUAUGCAAAGGGAUGUGAAGCCUGUCAGAAAUGUGGACCGAUACAGUACGUCCCAGCCGAGGAACUCCAUUCCAUCAUCAAGCCAUGGCCGUUUAGAAGAUGGGCAGUCGACCUCAUAGGGAAAAUAUAUCCUGGUUCGUCAGAUGGCCAUACGUUCGUCAUCAUCGCCACUUUCUAUUUCACUAAGUGGGUCGAAGCAAAGCCUUUGAAAUCACCUACACAAGAAGCUUUUUUCAAGUUUUUCAAGGAAUACGUCGUUCAUCGGCAUGGUUUGCCUGAUUCAAUUACUACUGAUCAUGGGACGAUGUUCACAGGAAGCGAUAUGUUGGAAUGGGCUUCUCAGAUGAAGAUCAAGAUGCUACACUCAACCCCAUACUAUGCACAAGCCAACAGACAAGCCGAAGCGACUAACAAAGCUAUCAAGCUUAUCGUUCAGAAAAUGAUCGAGGAAAACCCGAGACAAUGA